AAGCGGAAGGAGUAGGAAAGGGCUCCACUUUCAUCUGCCCAUUUACCCCUUCACCGUCUAGCUCCUUGGUGGCAACGAACAAGAUCCCGGACCCCAAACAAACAAAACCGGUGGGAACCUCCCUUGCCCACUUCCACCAGAAGCCCGGUGGAUCCGAUGCUGGGUUUCCACGGGGCACUUUCACAGCGGUAUCCCCAGAGGGGUCUUGCUGGCGGAAAAGCCAGGCCUCUGUACUGCAUAACCUACAGAAAACUGCGUAUGAUUGUAGACCUCAGCUGGAUCUCCAAAAUGCAGGUGAAUCAGCCGGCGGUUCUGCGGCGCGCACAGCAGGUCCAGGCUCGCAGGCCGGUGAAGAAGGAGUGGCAGGCUGCUUGGCUCCUGAAAGCUGUUACCUUUAUAGAUCUUACUACACUUUCAGGCGAUGACACAUAUUCCAACAUUCAGAGGCUCUGUUAUAAAGCCAAGUAUCCAAUCCGGGAAGAUCUCUUAAAAGCUUUAAAUAUGCAUGAUAAAGGCGUCACUACGGCUGCCGUGUGUGUCUACCCGGCCCGCGUGUGUGAUGCGGUGAAGGCGCUGCAGGCCGCGAGCUGCAGCAUCCCCGUGGCAUCAGUGGCCACUGGCUUUCCAGCUGGACAGACUCAUUUAAAAACACGAUUAGAAGAGAUUAGACUGGCUGUGGAAGAUGGAGCUACAGAAAUCGACGUGGUAAUUAACAGGACCUUGGUGCUGACAGGCCAAUGGGAAGCCCUGUAUGAUGAGGUUCGACAGUUCCGCAAGGCCUGUGGGAAGGCUCAUCUCAAAACCAUCUUAGCAACGGGAGAACUUGGAUCUCUUACGAAUGUCUAUAAAGCCAGUAUGAUAGCAAUGAUGGCAGGAUCGGAUUUCAUUAAGACUUCUACUGGAAAAGAAACAGUAAAUGCCACCUUCCCGGUAGCUAUAGUAAUGCUACGGGCCAUUAGAGAUUACUUCUGGAAAACUGGAAACAAGGUAGGCUUCAAGCCAGCAGGAGGCAUCCGCAGUGCGAAGGAUUCCCUGGCCUGGCUCUCUCUCGUCAAGGAGGAGCUGGGAGACGAGUGGCUGACGCCGGGCCUCUUUCGGAUAGGCGCCAGCACGCUGCUCUCGGACAUCGAGAGGCAGAUUUAUCAUCACGUGACUGGGAGAUAUGCAGCUUAUCACGACCUUCCGAUGUGUUAAAUCCACAACGAAUUCCAGAAGAGUUUUACAACGUUUAAAAAUCAUUUUUCUACAUGAUUACCGAAAUUUAUUAAUAAAUGGCAGA